AGCUGGAUUGCCUCAGGCUGAGCUUCUCCCAUGGCUCCUGCAGGUCUCCCAGCCUCCCUUCCUCUGUGUGUGUGUCUGCUGCUGGCCUCUGGCUUUGCCCAGGCAGGCAGGCUGCUGGUGGUGCCCAUGGAUGGGAGCCACUGGUUCACCAUGCGGUCGGUUGUGGAGAAGCUCCUCCACAGAGGGCAUGAGGUGGUGGUAGUCGUGCCAGAGGUGAGUUGGCAACUGGGACAAUCCCUGAAUUUUACAAUGAAGACGUAUUCAACUUCUCACACUCUGGAGGAUCUGGACCAGAAGUUCAAGUAUUAUUCUGACACUCAAUGGAAAACUCCAGAACAAAGGAUACUUUCCCUAGUGACAGGCUCAGUCAAAGGUUUUUCUAAAUUAUUGUUUUCCCACUGUAGGGAUUUGUUUAACGACAAGAAGUUAGUGGAGUACUUGAAGCAGAGUUCUUUCGAUGCUGUGUUUCUGGAUCCUUUUGAGCUCUGUGGCUUAACUGUUGCCAAGUAUUUGUCGGUCCCUUCAGUGAUGUUUACAAGAUAUUUCUAUUGCCACUAUCUUGAAGAGGGCACCCAGUGUCCCAGUCCACUGUCUUAUGUUCCUAGACUUUUCUCAAAACUUUCAGACACCAUGACUUUCAAGGAGAGAGUGUCGAACUUUGUUUUUUACAUGGAAGAGCGUGCAUUUUGCUACUACUUGUUUAAAAGUGCUAUAGACAUUGCCUCUGAAGUUCUCCAGACGCCAGUGACUUUGGAAGACCUCUUCUCCCAGGUGUCUAUUUGGUUGUUACGCACCGACUUUGUGUUAGAUUUUCCCAAACCUGUGAUGCCCAACAUUUUCUUCAUUGGUGGGCUCAACUGCCAACAAAGAAAGCCGCUUUCCAAGGUAUGUUGUCUCUCUUUAGCACAUGAAGAGGGGCCUGGUUUCAGGGAAUGA